GCGGCGCGGGGCAGUCGCGGGCGGGCGGCGGCGGCGGCGGCAGGAGGGGGAGGCGGCGGCGCCAUGGCGGCAUACCGGCUGGUGCUCGUGCGGCACGGCGAGAGCGCAUGGAACCUGGAGAACCGCUUCAGCGGCUGGUACGACGCCGACCUCAGCCCCGCCGGGCAGCAGGAGGCCAGGCGCGGCGGGGAGGCGCUCAGAGAUGCCGGCUACGAGUUCGACAUCUGCUUCACGUCGGUGCAGAAGCGGGCCAUCCGCACCCUCUGGACCGUGCUGGAUGCCAUCGACCAGAUGUGGCUGCCGGUGGUGCGGACGUGGCGCCUGAACGAGCGGCACUACGGGGCCCUCACCGGCCUCAACAAGGCCGAGACGGCCGCCAAGCACGGCGAGGCGCAGGUGAAGAUCUGGCGCCGCUCCUACGACAUCCCCCCGCCGCCCAUGCAGUCCGACCACCCCUUCUACAGCACCAUCAGCAAGGACCGGCGCUACGCUGACCUGACGGAGGACCAGCUGCCCACGUGUGAGAGCCUGAAGGACACCAUCGCCCGCGCCCUGCCCUUCUGGAACGAGGAAAUCGUCCCGCAGAUCAAAGAGGGCAAGCGAGUGCUCAUCGCAGCCCACGGCAACAGCCUGCGGGGGAUCGUCAAACACCUGGAAGGCAUGUCGGAGGAGGCCAUCAUGGAGCUGAACCUGCCCACCGGCAUCCCCAUCGUCUACGAACUGGACAAGAACCUGAAGCCCAUCAAGCCCAUGCAGUUCCUGGGGGACGAGGAGACGGUGCGCAAGGCCAUGGAGGCCGUGGCCGCUCAGGGCAAGGUUAAGAAGUGAGGCCAGGCGCGCAGGCUAGCGAGUUAGUAGAGUUGUCCCCCCCUCUGUCCCCACCCCUCUGUGCACACCCCACAGCCGUAGGAACUUGGAGCUGCAGAGCUGGAGCAGGGAGCAGCUCCCCAGGACUUGGCCCCUUCCCUUUGGACCAGGCUCCCCUCUGCGGGCAGCCUGGGGGUGAGGGGCUGCGUGCACGGGGGUCUGGUGUGAAAGGGAGCCCUCACUCUGCCAGGCAGCACCCGCACCCCUCUCUGUUCUGUUCCCAGCCCUCGGGGGAUGCUCUGCGCAAUUCCUUGCCGUGCCUGGCUUCUCUGCUUUGUUUCCCUGCAGUUCUUGUCACUGUUACUGUAGUUCUGUUGCUUGAUUUAGUUAUUCCAGGGGCCCAGCAGGAGCAGUGGGGGGGAGUGCAGCACGGGCAGUGAGCGGGAUGGGUGCCCUCUCCCCCUGUGGGAGCGUGGUGUGAAAACCAGUUUGUUUAAUACUGCACGGGUGGGUUUGUGGCACGUGCCCCACUGUGCUCCUGUGUGGGAUGCACCCAGCACUGGUACUUGCGAACCUGGGCCUAGCUCUGCCAGCCCAUGCUUUAAUUUAUUGCCUUUGGACAAAGGAGGGAGCGCGUUGUCUGGGAGUUUGUAUCUGCCACGUGCUUCCCGCUGCCAAAGCCCACCCUCGUCCUGCUGCCUCAUGGUGGUGGCGUAGAUGCCAUUGUGCCCCCUCCCACAGCUGUGUACUUGGCACUGUCACCGUGGCCUCCCCCUGCUGCUGGUGUAGUGAGCCUGGCCGUGCACUGGGUCAAUGUAACUGUCCAACAGUAGCAGCUGUCUUGUUCCGGUUCAAUAAAAGAUUAAUAUGCAAUAAA